CGAUAAACGGUCCGGCGGCGGCGGCAGCGCUCUCGCACGACGAUAGUGGUGGCGACCGGCACACCACGACCGACGGACACACGGCGAAUAUGAUAAUAUCGUCGUUAUAAUAUUACGUGGAAACGCUUUUCGCCGCCGAAGAAAACGAAGAAAUCGACACGCACGUUGGCUUUGAGAUCGCACCGGAUGUAAGUAAUAUAUUGAUCUUUAGUGAAGAAUGCCACGUGUCAAAACAACGUGGUACUGAAUUAAAAAUUCAAAUAUUCAUAGUGUGGGUUUGACCCAUUCUUGGUGAGAAACGGAAGGAACGGGGACAAUCCUGAAGACAUUUUGGAGCACAAUCAUGUUGUUCUGCCAAAAUCGUGAACAAUAAUUCCUAUCAACGGAAACAAACCUGUAAGACCGAGUUGCCACUAUCCAUCCGCUAUUGUGGCACGAAUUGAAUAAACAAGAAACAUGAAACGGCAGAACGUGCGCACACUGUCCCUAGUAGUUUGCACAUUCACAUACUUGCUAGUAGGUGCAGCGGUAUUCGAUGCAUUGGAAUCGGAAACUGAGAGAAAAAGAUGGAAUCACCUUUUAGAAUUAAAAGCAGCUUUGGUGAGAAAAUACAGCAUAAGCGAAGAUGAUUACAGGAUGAUGGAAGUUGCCAUCAUCGAAAACAAACCUCACAAAGCUGGACCACAAUGGAAAUUUGCGGGCGCAUUUUAUUUCUCCACAGUUGUUUUGGCUAUGAUUGGUUACGGGCACUCGACACCAGUGACAAUUGGCGGCAAAGCAUUUUGUAUGGCAUACGCUAUGGUGGGCAUACCAUUAGGACUUAUUAUGUUCCAGAGUAUUGGUGAACGUUUAAAUAAAUUUGCGUCCGUAGUUAUUAGGAGGGCCAAACAAUAUUUAAAAUGUAAAAAGGAAGAAGCCACGGAAAUGAAUCUAAUGUUCGCCACUGGACUACUGUCGUCGGUUAUCAUCACCACUGGUGCGGCCGUAUUUUCAAAAUACGAAGGAUGGAGCUAUUUUGAUAGUUUUUAUUAUUGCUUCGUUACCCUCACCACCAUCGGUUUUGGAGAUUACGUCGCACUACAGAACGAUCAAGCAUUGACGACAAUGCCCGGGUACGUGGCACUUAGUUUGGUGUUCAUUUUGUUCGGCCUCGCCGUCGUUGCAGCUAGCAUCAACUUGUUGGUUCUGCGUUUCAUGACUAUGAACGCUGAAGAGGUGAGGCGCGAGGACAACGAGCUGCAAGGCGUGUCACAGCACGUCAUCACCGUCGACGGUGAAGCUGUGACGUCCGUCAACGGAAAGCUGUUGGCCGGACAUACGGUUGGUCGGGACGCGGGUGACGACGUGGACCAGGUGUCCGUUUGCUCGUGCACGUGCGUGGGACCAGUGCAGUACGACUACAACCGCGACAUACGUCCGGCGGAAAGGGCGGCCGCGAACGCCGCAGCCGCGGCCGCCGUAGUCUACAACAGUCCACCGACCGAACAGCCCCUGCUGUCCAUGAAGCGGGUGUCCAUAUAAAAGAAACAGUGCCGGCACUGGAGAUUGAGGGUGGUUUUGGUGAACAGUGUAGACAUAUAUUUUACGGGGCAGCUUGAUGCGUGAUUGUGUAUGGACAUAUUAUUAAUAUUUUUUUUUUUAUAUUCACUUGCCCCCUCACAACGAAAUUUAAUAUGGCCCCCAAUAAGUCUAUUCGUCACUGUUGCACGUCCCGUCCGAAAUAUAGGCGUAGGAAUAUUUAAUUGUACAGGGUCAUUCAAAAGUCUUCGCCUGAUUUUAAAAAUGAAUAUAUAUUUUAAAAACUAAGAUGCUAGAAUUAAUAUAAUUAAUAAUCGAGUUUCAACAAAGUGUUUUAUAUUCAAUAUGAUCUCACUGGUUAGAUUAGGUACACAUUUAUUCGUUAUUUUUCUCAUAUGUCAAUCUCGGCACUAUAACUGAUGACAGUUUCUGAUCAUUGCAAAUGCUCAUAAGAUGCUCAUAACCUACAAAAAUAAAAAUGUACAAUAAACCCGACUAUAUAAUCCUUACAAUAAUAGUAUAAAGGUCGUUUACUAGUGAAUUAUGGUUGCUGAGCAGUAGUCAGAUGGAGAUUUUUGAAUCACUCUGUAUAAUUAUACUUAAAUAUACAUAGUUGUUCUAUUAAUAACCGUACUCAUCUUACUAUUCAGUAUGGGGUACGUAUUAAAUCGUCUACGAUAUUUGGAAACUCAAGCAGUACGCCUUGCCGUUAUUUAACAGUAAAAUUCGAAUAUUCAAUAAAUUAUUUUCAAGGAAGUUCAAGGCUUUUACACAUCUUGAGGCUCCAUUCUGCAUAGGUUAACUGCAAUACUCAUAUAAUAUACGAUACACAUUACACAGUUAACAAAAUUAUUAUUUAAUUGUACGGGACUGCUCGCCAACGCGGGUUCGACGGGUUUGGAAGUGGAAAUUUCGAUGGUUUUUAAUAAAAAUAAAAAUAUAUUAUAAGUAGGUAACAAAAUUGCACCGAAACCGACUGUGACACGGACCGGCUAUUAUACUGCUCGAUUCUUCUAGUGUUGAUGCGAUUUAAUGACGUG